AAGUUUGUCCAAAAAAAUCGUUUGGUGGUAAAAAUGGCAGUCCACUCCCUCUCGAUCCCUCCUAAAUACUGAACGUUGGAAACCCAGACAUCAAAAUCAACAUCAAGAUCAAAAUCAAGAUCAGGAUCGCAACCUGGCCAGCGGGAAGACGUAUACCCUUUUACCCAGUUGCUAUUCUCUCUAUUCCUUACAUUUUCCCCCAAAUUCCAAUCUCUCACAUUAUCUCGCAAAAUUCCGACUCUAACAAUUGAGAUUCAGUAUCCCUUUUCAUUCUAUAAUUUUUAUCCAAUUUAUGAUAACUUGCGAAAAUUCACCUACAAAUUAGAGAUUCAUAUUUUUUUGGCUUCUUUGAUUUUGUAAUUCUUUUAAAUUAUCUAGAUUUAACUCGCAUUUUAAUUUCCGAGCUCAAAAUUCUAGGGUUUUCUUCGGAUCCCAUUUUUGGCUUUUGAUUCUUCCAUAGUGAAAAUUUGAGAUACAAUGUCUACCAUUGAUGAGCCCUUGUAUCCAAUUGCCGUUUUGAUUGAUGAAUUGAAAAAUGAUGAUAUACAGCUACGCUUGAAUUCCAUUAGGAGGCUGUCUACCAUUGCUCGUGCGCUCGGGGAGGAGCGUACUCGAAAGGAGUUGAUCCCGUUUCUUAGCGAGAACAAUGAUGAUGAUGAUGAGGUUCUUCUUGCAAUGGCAGAAGAAUUGGGUGUUUUCAUACCAUAUGUUGGUGGCGUGGAAUAUGCCCAUGUUCUGCUUCCACCAUUGGAAACACUUUGCACCGUUGAGGAAACUUGUGUAAGGGAAAAAGCUGUGGAGUCAUUGUGUCGAAUCGGAUCCCAGAUGAGGGAAAAUGAUUUGGUUGAUUAUUUCAUUCCUUUGGUCAAGAGAUUGGCAGCAGGAGAAUGGUUUACAGCUCGAGUAUCUGCUUGUGGACUUUUUCACAUUGCCUAUCCAAGUGCCCCAGACCUUUUGAAGACUGAGCUAAGAUCUAUAUAUAAUCAGCUGUGUCAAGAUGACAUGCCAAUGGUGAGAAGAUCUGCUGCCACGAAUUUGGGAAAGUUUGCAGCAACUGUUGAAGCUACUCAUCUGAAGACUGACGUUAUGACAAUGUUUGAGGAUCUAACCCAAGAUGAUCAGGAUUCUGUGCGUUUGUUAGCCGUUGAGAGUUGUGCUGCACUUGGAAAGUUGUUGGAGCCACAAGAUUGUGUCGCACAUAUACUUCCUGUGAUUGUUAAUUUCUCUCAGGAUAAGUCUUGGCGUGUAAGGUACAUGGUUGCCAAUCAACUGUAUGAACUUUGCGAAGCUGUUGGCCCUGAGCCUACAAGGGCGGAUCUAGUUCCUGCAUAUGUGCGACUACUUAGAGACAAUGAAGCUGAAGUACGUAUUGCUGCUGCUGGUAAAGUAACUAAGUUUUGUCGGAUUUUGAGCCCUGAGCUGGCCAUCCAACAUAUUCUGCCAUGUGUUAAGGACUUGUCAUUAGAUUCUUCUCAACAUGUUCGCUCUGCUUUGGCUUCUGUUAUAAUGGGAAUGGCUCCUGUUUUGGGAAAGGAAGCUACAAUUGAGCACCUUCUUCCCAUUUUUCUUUCCCUGUUGAAGGAUGAAUUUCCAGAUGUUCGCCUUAAUAUAAUCAGCAAGCUUGAUCAAGUGAAUCAGGUUAUCGGUAUUGAUUUAUUGUCUCAAUCCCUCUUGCCCGCCAUUGUCGAGCUUGCUGAAGAUAGACAUUGGAGAGUUCGACUUGCGAUAAUUGAGUACAUACCUUUACUUGCAAGCCAGCUUGGGGUUGGAUUUUUUGAUGAUAAACUUGGUGCCCUAUGCAUGCAGUGGUUACAGGAUAAGGUGUACUCUAUUCGUGAUGCUGCUGCUAAUAAUGUGAAGCGCCUUGCAGAAGAAUUUGGUCCUGAGUGGGCCAUGCAGCACAUUGUUCCACAGGUUUUGGAGAUGAUGAGUAAUCCGCACUAUUUGUAUAGGAUGACAAUUUUGCAUGCCAUUUCUUUACUUGCUCCUGUCUUGGGUUCUGAGAUUACGUGCUCUAAACUGUUGCCAGUUGUGGUUACUGCCUCGAAAGACAGGGUUCCGAACAUAAAGUUCAAUGUGGCAAAGGUGCUGCAAUCUCUUGUAUCAAUAGUUGAUCAAUCUGUAGUUGAAACAACAAUUCGUCCGUGUUUAGUCGAGUUGAAUGAGGAUCCUGAUGUUGAUGUUCGUUUCUUCGCAAACCAAGCGCUCCAGUCAAUUGAUAAUGUGAUGAUGUCUAGUUAAGUCAGGCUAGCGAAAUGUGGAUUGUAAGUUUGUUAUAUGUUGACUUCACUGUAGCCUUGUAAUUGCUAAUGGCACUUGGAUCCAACUAAAUAUUUUGCAACAUUUUUCGGUUCGCUUGUAGCGGUGUAUUAGUGUUACAUUUUGAAGUUCUUUGACUGCACUCGUAUUAUUUGUACCCUCUUGUUUUCUCUAUUUCUCUUACCUAAUAAGACUUCUUGUUACAAAAAAAAAAGGAAAAAGUG